GCUUUCGGGAGGGACUCUUAUUUAAUGGUCACUUUUAAAAGGACUCCCGCGGGGCCGCUGGUCACAGGGCACGAGACCCGCGGCGGUGCAGGCCGAGGCUGAGCGGAGGGAUCCGUCCCCUGGAGAGUCCCUUCCUCUGGCAGCUGGAGGUGAAGUUGAUUCUCUUGCGCGCGCCAGGUCGUUAAUUUUCUGCCUAUAAGGCCAACUUGGCUGGGGACGCCCUAGGCUCGCACCCGGGAGCCCAGGGCACUUAGCGCCGAGCAGAUUGAAAACCUGUCCCUGAGAAUUUAAGCCCUUCUCGUGGUACCUGCUCUCCCAGGGACGCUCGCUGUACCCCGGAACUUCCCUGGGGCCUCACUGCCCAGUGACGCCACUCACCUUGCCCACUGGCACCAGCGUGAAGUCAGAACCGCUGGAGGAAAUCCUGCCGGCCUUCCCUGGAGCUGGUCUGCAGGCUCCUCUGUGGGAUCCUGUCCUCCAAGAGCACCCCUCCUGCACACAGAGAGCCCAGAGUGCCUCGGGGAAAAUUGGCUGAAUAAAAGGGCAAUCAGGACGCCACGGCUCCGCCUGAGGCGAUGGCCCAGCCCUACCCCCCUGCCCAGUACCCCCCUCCGCCUCAGAACGGCAUCCCCACCGAGUACGCCCCGCCCCCGCCGCACCCCACGCAGGACUACUCCGGCCAGACCCCCGUUCCCCCAGAGCACGGCAUGACCCUGUACACACCAGCACAGACCCACCCUGAGCAGCCGGGCACCGAGGCCAGCACGCAGCCCAUCGCAGUGACCCAGACAGUGCCGCAGACAGAUGAAGCGGCACAGACGGACAGCCAGCCACUCCACCCCUCCGACCCCACAGAGAAGCAGCAGCCCAAGCGGCUGCACGUCUCCAACAUCCCUUUCCGGUUCAGGGACCCCGAUCUGCGGCAAAUGUUCGGGCAAUUUGGAAAGAUUUUAGACGUGGAGAUCAUUUUUAACGAGAGGGGCUCCAAGGGUUUUGGGUUUGUAACUUUUGAAACUAGCUCAGAUGCUGACCGAGCCCGGGAGAAGCUGAAUGGGACGAUCGUAGAGGGACGGAAAAUUGAGGUCAACAAUGCCACAGCCCGAGUCAUGACCAACAAGAAGACCGGGAACCCCUACACCAAUGGUUGGAAGCUAAAUCCCGUGGUAGGCGCGGUCUAUGGACCUGAAUUCUAUGCAGUGACCGGCUUCCCCUACCCUACCACCGGCACCGCCGUUGCCUACCGGGGCGCACACCUCCGGGGCCGGGGCCGGGCCGUGUAUAACACAUUUCGGGCUGCGCCGCCGCCGCCCCCCAUUCCGACUUAUGGAGCGGCACUGGAGCAAACGCUUGUUAAAAUGCCAGUCCCGUGGGCGGGGCUGGCACCGUGCCCCCUCCCUCCUCAGCAGACUCCGGAGCCGGCCUACCCCACCUCUCCAGCGUUCCCACCACUCUCUUGUCCGUUUGCUUCCAGGGUCGUGUAUCAGGAUGGAUUUUAUGGUGCUGAGAUUUAUGGAGGCUAUGCAGCCUACAGAUACACUCAGCCAGCAGCGGCGGCGGCAGCAGCCUACAGCGACAGUUACGGCAGAGUCUAUGCAGCUGCUGACCCCUACCAUCACACCAUUGGCCCUGCAGCGACCUAUAGCAUUGGAACCAUGGCUAGCCUCUGCCGAGGAGGGUACAGCCGCUUCACCCCCUACUAGCAAGAGACCCGCCCCUAACAGCAUUCACACUACUGCCUAUUCCAAACCAAACCCUACAGCCCCAACACCAGGCACAGCCACCAGGAGGACAGUGCACCCCUCCCGGUCAGCGACAUGCACCGCUGACCCUCUGCGACUCUAAAAUCCAUAGAUUUUUAUUUCCAGCCAGCUGGUCUCCCCACCCCACCCAUGAUGGUGUGUGUGUCUUUGACCCUGGUUUUUCCUGUAUGUCUGAACCGUGGUUUCCUAUCUUGACUUUGUUGAUGUUGUACUACUCGAACCAUUUCAGGUACAGUAUGAACAGAACGGGGGCCAGGCUGGGGAGGACAAGCAUUAGCACCCUAGCAGGAUGACACACCUGUCUCCUGGUGGCCCCAGCUGCACACAACUCUAGAAACACUGGCCAGGCUUCCCUACAUGGCCUGGUGCCCCUAGUGUUCAGUGAUGCAGUGGGUGAGGGGCUCAGGCCCUCUGGCCAGUGGGUUUCCCCAGCCCCAAUGGGGCACCUGUCCACCUAUAUCUAAUAAUCACAGAAAUAGCCGCCUCCAUGGUCCUACCCCGUUCCACUGAAGUUAAUAUUUUAAUUAAAUUUUAUUGAUGUUUCUUGCCAAAGUACUCACAGGCACAUUGUUCAGUGUGCAAACCACUAUGGUCACACCAGUCCUGGGGACUCCCUAGUGCUGUUGCAAGAAGUGGAUAUGAGGAAAGAAAUUGCCAAAGAAAUACUCACAGCCACCCCACCCUGCCCAGCACAGAGGUCUUCCCUGUACUCACCACCUGCACCGGGCACCUGCACCUGGCAGAGCCUGGGCCCCAGGGUCCCUGGACCUUAGAUGGGACUUCAGCACUGAAGUGGGGCUGAAGCACCGCCAGCCUGUCCCCAGGCACUAACACGCUUCUUUAUCAGGGUCCAUUUCAAAAGGGAGGAGCCCCUGCCAACAUGGUGAUACUACCCACAGCCACUCCAGCCUCAGUGAGACUGUGUGCCCAGGGGACACAUGCAGACACCUGCAUAGAGCCCCGGAGGGGAUGCAGGCUGGGACUUCAAGUCAGGCCUAGAGCCCAGGGAGCUGGGCAAGUGCACAGAAACAGGGGGGGUCUAGUGUACUAGCCCUGGGGGACACAGGUCUAUACAUGCCAGAGGGGAUGCAGCCAUGGCCUCUGGACGCCAAGGCCGACAGAGGUGUGAGGCCCUGGUGUGGAGGGGUGUCCUAUUUCUUCUCCCAUUGCCUCUCUCCAUCAUGCUCUGCCUCCUGCCUCACUCCUUGCUGUAGCCAGGCCUGGGAUCAUUUGCCCCAUCAGAGCUACAGGUGGUUCCUGCUAGCCAGAUCCUUGCUGGUUCUGGACCCUACAACCCUGUCCUAAGCCCCUGCAGUGCACCCCGCCCCCACUGUGCCCUGCUGUAUCCCUACCCGGCCAGGAGGCAUGUCUGCUUUAGGUUCAGCUUGCAGGGGAGAGGAGGUCCCCAAAACUAAGGUCAGAUUUAGGGGGUGCUGGGACUAGAAGCUGGGCCCAGGCCAUGGGUCAUGUGGCCCGCAUGCCCAAGGCUGCUCCAGAGAAACUGCAAGUCCUGCCUUUCUGUUUCU